GACUUUCGAAGAUUGAAACUGUUUGAUAUAAUAAACGAAAAAAUCGUGCUUGAAUUAUUUAGAGUCUUCAUGGGUUGGUAAGAAGUACAGUGGGUUGUUGUUUGGAAAUUAAUUGCUUAUCAAACUAGAUACUUUUUCCUGUAUAAGUUGUCGAGAUUGGACUCAAAAUUGAACUCGUGGCACGCCGAGCUUCAUUCGGCAAUAUAUAUGCACGCACUUUGUCACAGAUCAAAAACACUUGAAUCAAACAUCUGUCAGACGUUGUCGGGGUUGGAAGUUUGAAACCAAGCUUCAUUAAUUAUCUUCCCUUAGUAACUAGAUUUUGUCUUAGGAUGUGGAAGUUGAAGAUUGCAGAAAGAGGAGAAGGGCUAAUUUCCGUGAACAACUUCAUCGGGCGACAACAUUGGGAGUUUGAUCCGAAUGCCGGAACUCCAGAAGAACGUGCUGAGAUUGAAAGAGUGAGAGAGGAAUACAGAAAAAAUCGAUUUUCCAAUAAGCAAAGUGCUGAUCUUCUACUCAGAAUGCAGCUGAGGAAGGAGCACACGUGUGGUUGGAUUCCAGAAAGAGUGAAGGUGACAGACAGAGAGGAAGUUACAGAAGAAGGUUUGAUUAAAACAAUGAGAAGGGGAAUCGGUUUUUAUUCCUCAAUUCAAGCCCAUGAUGGCCACUGGCCUGCAGAAUCUGCUGGUCCUUUGUUUUUCAUUCAACCUCUGGUUAUGGCACUCUAUAUUACAGGGUCCCUGAAUGCUGUUUUAGGAACAGAACAUCAGAAGGAAAUUAUUCGUUAUUUGUAUAAUCACCAGAACAAAGAUGGAGGUUGGGGAUUCCACAUAGAGGGUCACAGCACAAUGUUUGGAUCAGCGUUGAGCUACAUUGCCUUGAGAAUUCUUGGAGAAGGACCUGAAGAUGGUGAAGAUAGGGCAAUGGCUAGAGCCAGAAAAUGGAUCCUUGACCAUGGUGGUUUAGAAGCUAUUCCAUCAUGGGGAAAGUUCUGGGUCACGGUCCUUGGAGUUUAUGAGUGGUCAGGGUGUAACCCUCUCCCACCAGAAAUAUGGCUUUUGCCCAAAUACACCCCAAUUCAUCCAGGAAAAAUGUUAUGCUACUGUCGCUUAGUUUACAUGCCCAUGUCAUAUUUGUAUGGGAAGAAGUUCGUAGGUCCUAUUACCAAGUUAAUCAUAUCACUAAGAGAAGAAAUGUACAACCAGAAUUAUGGUCAAAUCGAUUGGAAUAAAUGCCGUAGCAGGGUUGCCAAGGAGGAUCUCUACUACCCUCAUCCUCUGAUUCAAGAUAUGUUAUGGGCAUCUCUUCAUCACGUGGCAGAGCCUCUUCUGAACUGCUGGCCCUUUUCCAUGCUGAGAGAGAAGGCACUAGAAGUUGCAAUUGAUCACAUACGUUACGAGGAUGAAAACAGUAGAUACCUUUGCAUUGGUAGUGUAGAGAAGGUGCUAUGUUUGAUUGCACGUUGGGUCGAAAAUCCCAACUCAGAGGCAUACAAACUUCAUUUAGCCAGAAUCCCUGAUUACUUCUGGCUUGCAGAAGAUGGCUUGAAAAUUCAGAGUUUUGGGUCUCAACUGUGGGAUGCAGCAUUAGCCAUACAAGCAAUCCUUUCAUGUGAUUUGAGUGAAGAUUAUGGACCUACACUUCAGAAAGCACAUCAAUUCGUGAAGGCUUCCCAGGUACGCGAAAAUCCAUCAGGUGACUUCGAAGCAAUGCAUAGACACAUAUCCAAAGGAGCAUGGACGUUCUCAAUGCAGGAUCAGGGUUGGCAAGUCUCUGAUUGCACAGCAGAAGGAUUAAAGGCUGCACUUCUGUUGUCACAAAUGCCUGUUGAACUAGUUGGUGAGAAAAUGGAAGAUGAUAGAUUCUACGAUGCUGUGAAUAGCAGCAAUGGAGGAUUCCCUGCUUGGGAGCCUCAAAGAGCCUACCGUUGGUUAGAGAAAUUCAAUCCUACUGAAAUCUUUGAAGACACUCUCAUUGAGAUGGAGUAUGUUGAAUGCACAUCAUCGGCAAUGCAGGGACUGGCUCUGUUUAGAAAGUUAUAUCCAAAACACAGAAGAAAGGAAAUCGAUUAUUGCAUUUCUAAAGCAAUCCAUUACAUUGAAAAAGCACAAAAUCCUGAUGGAUCAUGGUUUGGUUGUUGGGGAAUUUGCUACACAUAUGGCACCUGGUUUUCUGUAAAAGGGUUAACAGACUGUGGAAAAAACUACCGUAACAGUCAUGCCUUACGCAAAGCUUGCGAUUUUUUGCUGUCAAAGCAGCUUCCUAACGGAGGAUGGGGUGAGAGUUACCUGUCAAGCCAAAACAAGGUAUAUACAAAUCUAGAAGGCAACAGAGCAAACCUGGUUCAAACAUCAUGGGCUUUGAUGUCCCUUAUUGAUGCAGGACAGGUUGAGAUAGAUCCAACAGCAGUAGAGCGUGGAAUAAGGUUAUUGAUCAAUUCACAGAUGGAAGAUGGAGACUUCCCCCAACAGGAGAUCACUGGUGUAUUUAUGAGGAAUUGUACUCUAAACUACUCUUCGUACAGAAACAUUUUUCCCAUAUGGGUUCUGGGAGAGUAUCGUCGUCGUGCAUUUACACAAAAAAAUCAAAUGCUUUAGUGCUUUCAAUGCAUCCAUUGUAUAUGUCAGUGUCAUCAUGGAUUAUCUUCAUUAGCAUAGGCUUAAUACGCAAAUUAUAAUGUAUUUAUCAGAUGAGUUUGUAAGC